AUGUCUACUGUUUUUGAUGAAGUCUCUAAGCAUACGCUUAUCUCUAUCGACACCAUGUCCCAGGAGGACAAGGAGUUCUUGAUGAGAAAGUACAACAUAGAGUUCCUGAAUGCCACCAGUAAUCAAGUUAUCUGUUUUGUUAACUGGCAGCAUCACCAGGAGGUUAUUUACGAGGCCAUCAAAUUAGUGAACAAGAAAUUCGGCGACUCUGUCCCACAAUCAGCUUCUGCGGCCAAUUUUAAAGAGUACAUUCAGGCAAUCAAGUACUACAGCACUGCCAUCAGUGGCAGAAACCAAUUGAAGGGUCUCAAGGGCUGUGUUUUGUCUCAAGUUACCCCUGAACAUUUAUAUGACGAAGAAGCCACCUACACCGGCGUCAAGAAGCUGAUUGAGGCCUAUGAGGAUAUUGGUGUCGACCGUUCUAAGGUCAUUGUGAAGCUCGGCACCUCCUACGAGACCAUGCAGGCUGCCAAAAGGCUGUUCAACGAGGACAAGAUCCAGAUUCUGGGAACCAUGAUUCACUCUUUAGAACAGGCCGUUCUUGCCGCAGAGGCCGAUUGUGUUGCCAUUUCGCCGUACGUAGACGAUCUGAGCUACAAUGUUGACCCAUCAUCGUACAAAGACCAGCCAUUGGACAAGCACUACGGCUACAAUCUCGCCGUCGCUAUCCACAAGUACUACAGAGCUUACAACAUCAAGACCGUCAACUGUGUUGCUGCCCAGAUCGGUAUUACGCCAACUCUGGCUUUGGCUGGUGUUGAUGAGAUGACUUUGCCUCCACCAACCUUGAACAAGAUUCUCAACUCGCCGCUGCCGGCCGAUUAUAAAGGCCCUGUUCUGAAGCAGAGCUACACUCCUGAAGAAGCUGGUGCAGAGUUGUCUUUUAUCAACGACAAGGAGAAGUUCUACUCGCUGCUGAACAGCAAUGCCACUGCCUUGAAGCGCAUCAACAGUGCCAGAGAUGUUUUUGUUGCAUUCGACGCCAAGGCCAGCCAAUUGAUUGAGACAGUUCUGAGCGAGCUAAAAUUAAUCUAG